AUGAUUCGUGAACGACUCAAAUUUUGUAUAAGUAGACAUCAGCAACUAAGAAGAUUUUAUUCCGACAAACUGAAUGAAAUGAGUAAUUUAAUUGCGGGAUUUUCAUUACUCGGAUGUUUGCUAGGAAUCAGUUUUGCCAUACACAUUUUAACUCCGUAUAAAAUUAAAUUUUCAGAAAAUUAUUCGAUUAAUUACCAACUUGGACUUAGCAUUGUUCGUGGUAUUGUUUCAAUAGCUUCAGUCGUAGUGCAACUCGAGUACUAG